AUGAGGGCCAAGUGGAAGAAGAAGCGUAUGCGCCGCUUAAAGCGAAAGCGACGAAGGAUGAGACAACGUAGUAAGUAA